AUGCUCUUUGCGCCCCUCCUAUUUUAUUAAUUUUUUUUAGCACGAAAAUGGCUGCCUUUUUCAUUUAAACGUCGGUGCUAGAAGAACAAAUAACCAUGAAAUAACCGGCCCAUAAUGUAAUCCUGGAUCAAAACUACAUCCAAUGGACUAAAGUGCGUAGAAUGCGUGUGUUUUUAUCAUGAUGUUGUGGCUGUCAAGGAUGGAAAAUCUAUCUGUUACAUUUUUAACCCUUUGUAUUCCUUGAACCGCCUACAAAUUAGAAGAUGAUGCACCAAGUCACUAGCAGCAGCAAUGACUAUUGCAUGACCGGCCUAGCGGAGGACUGUCAACACCCCACCAGCCACUUUGACCUAUGCAGCUCGCAAUCCAACAAAUUCUACCCCUCGCCCCCUCCCCCUAAUCUACAACUGCCCCUGCCCAACCUACCCCAUCUGCCACAGGGUAUGCACAAGCCAAUGUCCUGUCAAGUGCAACAAGAUAACCAGAAUGAGUUCCACCCUCAGACAGUGAGGAUCCGAGGUGCCAGCGAGGCUCCAGCCGGUCCCGAGACGUCCAAGAAGAAAAAAGGAGGCAUUGUCAAAUCCGGCCGUAGAGGAAGACCCUCGGGGACCACAAAGUCAGCCGGUUACCGGACGAGCACUGGCCGCCCACUGGGCACCACGAAAGCCGCAGGGUUUAAGACCAGUCCCGGGAGGCCCCUUGGUACCACCAAAGCGGCUGGCUACAAGGUGAGUCCCGGCAGACCGCCUGGCAGCAUCAAGACUCUGGCUAGGCUCAAGAAGUUGGAGUACGGGAGCUGUGAUGGUACCAAGAAACUGGACUUCAAUAACUGCGGCAGCGGAACAAAAAAACUAGACUAUGCCAGCUGCGACGUGGCUUCUUUUCCUUACUCCAUGAUGCAGAAACGGGACUUGUGUGAGCCUGCUAGCAAAGUUGAAGAAACUAGCGAGUAGCUUUGUCGGUGUCUGUAUCUAUUGCCUGGAAGUUGUAUUUGAAUGCAUGUCCUAGAGGAUGGUGACGACCAGCGGGACUUGUUUAGCCAAAGUGUUGGAAAGGUUGACUUUUGUUACCUGUGACUGUCGAGCACUGGCUACCUACGAAUGGCUCCUGAUUUCAAUAUCUUGUGUUAAUAUCCGAACCAUCUAUUCUACACCUAUCCAAAGACUGAACUUUGAGAGUAUGGGAUCUUAUUUUACAGAGAUUGCAUGAUGAGUCAUAAUAAAUACAAUCAGUAUACUGUAGCAAAACAGGAAUGAGUGAAUUGCCCUAUUAUUCGUCAUAAUACAUUCAAAUGCUUGCUUUCUGGAUUAUUAUUUUUUUAGGUAUAUCUGACUUUCAUUCAUUUGAUUUAUUGGUUUAUUUAUGCUCUGAUAUAAUGUGCUUUUAGUAGUAGUCUUCAUGGUCUUAUUGUCAUCCCAAGGUUUUUCACUUUUAAAUGCAAUUUAGUAGAAAAGAACAGAAAACACACUAGCUUAACAAUAAUCUUAAACUGUUCCCAGAGUGUAUGUAGCUGUGUUUGUCUUUUACUGUUGUCUGAUAUGACAUGUAUAACAUUUUGUAUUUAUACACUGAUUAUGAGACAUGGGAAUGGAUUUAUUGUGACACAACAUUGUUAGAAAAUGUUUUUGUCCUUUUGCUUCAACUGACACGAACACAGUGAACCCAGGAAACUCUUGUCAUUUUUCAUUUGACACAUAGGAAUUUUUAUUUCUAAUGCUUUAUGAAUAUUAACGUUUUUGUCUAUUCAGUGUACUGUAUUCUCCUUUAUUCUUUAUCCUAACAAGGUAACUAUCAGUUUAUAAAGCAACCCCAGAAUGAACGGUGGGUGGUUAUGCUGAGUAGGAACCAACACGAUUAACCAUCAGAGAAAAUGCUACGUGGUGGAGUAUGUGUAAAGAUAAUGUACUGUAUGUAUAACCAAAAUAAAA